AUGAGUCGUCGUGGUGGCCAUCAAAAAUGGGAUGCCAAGAAGAUGACUAUGAAAAAACUUAUCUAUUAUGAUAGUGAUUUGGCACCAAGAUUUGAUGAUGAUGAUGACGAUAACGGAAAGGAUUUCGAUCCUCGUAUUGUAAAGCUGCAAGGUCGAAGUACUGGUACAUGCACACGAAAUGGAAGAGGUUUAACUAGAAGUGUUGGAAGAGAUCGCAUGUCAAUGAAAGUCCAUCUUGAUAAUAGACGUGAUAGACAGUUACAACGUGGAGCUGGUGGUAGUGCAACUACAACAGCUGUUGUUAUGAAUCAGAUUAAAGUUGUUAGAGGUGCUGCAGUAGGCAAAGACUUUAUUAUGCGAUCAAUCGGACAGUAUGUUGAUGAUGUGAAACCUUUGUUGAUCAGAGUAGAUCGUGGUGAUAUAACAUUUUUUAUCGAGGAUGAUGACACAGCUUCUGCUAUUCAAGCGAUAUCAAGACGUGUUAGAGAUCCGAAAACGAAUAUACCAAUAACUUUUUUAUUAUCACGUGUUUCAGCUGGUUUUGCCACUAUAUCCGUAACUGAAAGAGAUUUAAUUGCGGAAUGCUUAAAAAAGCGGUACAAUGCUGAGACACAUUUACUCGAUCUAAGUGAAUUUGGUUUAGAUGAAUUAUUUCGUGCAAAGAGUUUACAUCUUUCUUUAACUCGCAACAAUAUAAUGAUGGCGGUUGUUGAUUUAAUUGAUCAAAAUUAUGGUGAUGUCACAGCUUUGAGUAUGAAAGGAAAUCGUUUGCGAUUCUUAGAUUUCUUUGCAUGUCUGCUGUAUCGCAUUAGAAAUGUCAAGGUUCUAGAUUUAUCAGCAAAUCAGAUUGAUAAGGAAUCAGAACUAGAAAAGCUAAAAGGAUGGCCUGUGGAAACAUUGUAUUUUGAAAACAAUCCCUUGUGUGCUACAUAUUCAUCAGCAGAAACUUAUUUAAGUGUUAUUCAUCGAGUUUUCCCAAAAGUUUCGAUGCUGGAUGGUAUACCAGUCCAGCGUUCUUCAUCUUGUGCUAUUCCAGAUUUAGAUGACUCGAAACUACCACUUUUCAAGCCAGGUUUUUAUGGUAGCGAUAGUCGUCGGGUUCUUAUUGAAGCAUUCAUAAUUGAAUAUAUGACAACGUAUGAUGAUCCAGACAUUAACAACAGAAAAAAUUUGAUAAAUGCAUAUGAUGAAAACGCAACGUUUACGUUAGUAGCGGAAAACUUAGUGGAUGCUAGCGAAAGGAAACCAUUCUUUGAUUCUAGCCGCAAAAACAGAAGUCUUUCACUUUACGAGUGGUAUGAUUUUAGCAUAUACAGUGUAUAUCGUAAAACAUCACACAAUAUCAAGUGCAUGGAAAGAUGGGAGCGUUUCCGAGAAAAAGUUGUAUACAAAGGUGCUAUGGAUAUUAUAGUUGCAUUAAGGAAACUACCAGCGACCAAACAUUUGAUCGACACAUUUUUAGUUGAUGUGUCAUUAAUGACCGAUAAGCAUAUGUGUUUUGCUGUGCAAGGUUUCUUUCGUGAUUCGCUGGAAAAAGUUGGAGACGAUAGUGAAGUCAGAUUCUUCUGCCGUAAUUUUGUUGUUGUGAGCAAAGGCGACAGUAAAGUCGCAGUGGUCAAUGAUAUGUUAUUCAUUAGUGGAGUAUUUGCAGAACGAGUACAACGUUACAAAUCAAUGAUUACAAACUCCUUGAAGGUUCCACCAGAUAAUGUCACAACGGAAGAAAUGGGUGCAAUGUCAAUAGGCUAUGUCGAUCAAAUUUCUAAUCUUCAAAAGCAUGAACCCACUCCAGCAGAACGUGCAGCGGCAGGCGAUGAAGGAAUGCAGCAACAGAUGAUUGAAUCAUUUUGUCACGAUAGUAAAAUGAAACCAGAAUGGUCAAGAAAAUGUCUCAUUGACCAAAAUUGGAAUUAUGAAGUUUGUUUCUUGUCUUUUUUUUCAUAA